UGGGCCUAGGCUGAGGCGCCUGCGCGCCCCUCCGAGCGGCGGGGGGCGCUGGGGGCCGGGUUCGAGGCGGGCUCUUCGGGCGGAGACAGGGCGAGGUGCGUAGGGCGCCACGUCGGCAAGCGUUGCAGCGGCAGCACCAGCACCUCUGAAGGGUCCGGGUUGGGUCGGCUGGCGACGGAGCUCACAGCGACACCGACCCGAGAGGGGAAAGCGAAUCGCGCGGAGGUUUUUACACCAGAACAUUGCAGUGGAAUUUCCAGACGCAGUUAUAGUUGGCUUUUAAAAUCUUUCAGUCUCAUGGGUAAGACCUGAGAAAGAGACGGCUGUGCAUGUUGAAGACCCUAUUUUGCCAUUUAAUUAAAAGAAGAGGACAGAACUUGCAUCUUGGGGCUAUACAGCAAGGUGUUAUACACUUUGUAAAACAAGGCUUCUUCCAUGUGGCAACGAUGAAUCAAACAGACAAUAAUGAACAAGAUGUUCCUCCAUACCUUAAUGAUGAGCCACCAGAAGGUUCUUUAAAAGAUCACCCACAGCAACAGCCUGGCAUGCUCUCUCGUGUGACUGGGGGCCUCUUCAGCAUAACAAAGGGAGCCGUUGGUGCUACUAUUGGUGGUGUAGCAUGGAUAGGAGGAAAAAGCCUGGAAAUGACCAAAACAGCUGUUACAGCCGUGCCUUCUGUCGGAGUAGGAUUGGUUAAAGGAAGUGUUUCUGCUGUGACGGGAGGUGUUACAGCUGUAGGUUCUGCUAUCUCAAGUAAAGUGCCUUUAACAGGGAAGAAAAAGGAUAAGUCUGACUAAAAAAAAAAAGACUGAGACCUGUUUGUCUCUCUGGCUUUGGAAUCUGCAAAGAUUUGGACUGUAACAAAGCUACAUGUUUUAGACUCCUAAAGAGCUGUAUGAAUAACUUCACCUGAAAAGGACACAAACAGCUUGGUGCGCAGGGCCCAAACUUUCUAAAGCGUUCGAUUUCUUCAAGCUGUCACCUGGUGAAAUGUUACACUUGAUAAAUAUGGGAUCAAGUACUUGUGUCCAAAGGGAUAGUUUCAUUUGAAUAUUAUUUCACUGUAGAUCUUUUGCAGUCUUGAAUGAAAAAUGUGAAAAUAGACGGCAUGAUUUAGCCAAAAUUUAAGUCCUCCGAUUCUAAUGUCGAGAUUUAAGCAUGAGCUUAAUUUCUCUCAUUAUAAUCAGUUGAAAUAUACAGUGCUUACUUUUUGGCUGGGUGAUGCUUUUGGCAGCCACUGCAGUACCAUAAAUAUAUUGGUGUUCCAACUACAAGUCUAAAGUUUCUGUAUCUUCUUUAAAAAUAAGGAAUCAUUGAACUGACAUCAUAUAUCUUUGCUUUUUGAAACUAUUUUUAUAUUCUCUCUAAACUCUUUAUGUGGUGACUCUAGUUGCGAAUUGCGUGUGUGUGUGUGUGUGUAUAUAUAUACGUACAGUACAUCAAUACAAUCAUCCAUGCCUUAUGGUGAAACAAACUAUUUUUACUUAGUGAAACUAUAAGGAUUUGUAAUGUCCCUCAUUUCAAUGCAGUCUGUAGAAGAAGCUUUACACUGACAAAACAAAAGCCCUGUUGAUACUGACUGGAGAGAGACUGCUAAAUCUCAGGUGUAACUUACAAGUACCCACUCCUUACCUUCAAAACAAAAUCCCUUGUGCUGACAGUUUGUUUAAACUGAACCUUAAGUCCAAGUUUACAGCCCAUAUAAUGGAUAAUUUUUAGCUCUAGAAUAAAAAGUUCUGUAUUAUUCAGCUAGAAGCAUAAAAAAUGACUCUGUUUCUAGAUAAAAGGACAAUCCAGCAACACUGUUGCUGUAUAUUCUCUGUGGGUGAAAAUAGACAGAGAUUGUGCUGUUGCUGUUAUUGAUGGAUUUAACUCUUUAUAAUUUUUAGUAUAAGAAUAUAAAGAACUUACUUGGAUUACAAACUUGAUCAUUUUUCCUGAAGAUCCAAAGCAAAGUGAUACCCAAGACUGGCAAUAGUAAAAGCAAAGCAAUUAAAAAGAAUUGGGCGAUUUACAUAAAAAUUCAAGCUUUAUCACUGCAUUUUCCAGGGUGUCCUGAGUAAGAUGUGGGAAUCUAGCUUUCAAUCUAUAACCUAUUCACUCCAGAAUAGUCCUACUAAAAUUGAUGGUUGGCACUCUGGAGUAAGUUGGUUUCUGCAUUGUGAGUUUGUUUGGGAACUCUUCAGCAUGUUCUUGUUGACUUUUUAGCAUUUUUCGUAGUCUGUAAAAGAUGGCUAAAGUUCACAUGAAUAUUCUGUAUGCAGUAUUUCCUAAAAUGUAUGUGUGUAAAAAAUAUAAAUAAAAGAGAGAAAUUAACCAUAUGGGCUUAUUGAUAAGCAGUUUUGAUUCUAAAAGGUAGAUCAGAAUUUUUAUAAAGUUUAAAAAUCAAAUAACUAAUUUUUGGCAAAUUAUAUAUUCAGAUUACUGGAGUGUUACCCAAUGUGUAAUAAUGUAGGGUUACUGUUUGUAUUUUAGCUGCCAAAUAGCUUAAUGACAGAGCAUGCACAAGGUCCCAAGUUAAUCUUUGGCAUCUGUAGGUAAAGAGCUAUUUGGCAAUAAGGCUAAGAAAGGUGUUCUCCAGGGUCUCAGUCAGAAGUGCUGCCAGUCCCAGGAGACAGCACUGGGCUAGAUGGGUCAGUUACCUGGUUCAUAACAGUGAAUGAAACAAGUAGUAGGCAGUAGUAGCCAAUCCUGUAGCAGAAUCCUGGAUUCACUGCCAUGUAAACUUUGGAGAUGUCCUUAGAAUUUUCCCUCUUAAACCUGCAUAGAAUCCUUUGCUGCUCUUACCACAUUAUACUAGUGGUAAAAAUACAUGUUACCUUCAUUUGCAAAGCUUGUAUAUGCCUAUGGGGACCCGUCUCUAAAAAAUAUGAAAGCAAGGUUGAUUUGCAGGAAAUCGGGUUCUAUAAAUUGUAGUACAAUCACAGCUGUGUAGUAAACUAGUGUCUGCCUCCAUAUUUUAUAUCUGUAACAAGAACUAUACAUGCAACUUCUUAAAUCGAGCCUCACCAUCCAGAUUGGCUUAUAAACAAAGGGUUGCAUGCAGUCUAGGAGACAGUCCAAUAAGGUAGUCCUAACAACAGAAGUGUGUGAUCUUACUAAUGCACACUUAGGUAAAGGUUUCCCUUGCUCGAAAGCCAG